AUGGAUCUUUCUUUUACAAUUUUUGACUCUUCAUCUUCCGAUGACGAGUUGGAUAUCAUUUUGGCCUUUUCUGUUGAAGAAGAACGGUUGCGUGAUGAAAGAGGCGCAACAUCGCGCCUUGGUACUGUUCAACGCCGUAGGUUCAUCCAGCGUAAUUCUUUGGAAGGCCACCAACGUCUUUUCUUAGAUUAUUUUGCAGAAUCGCCAGUCUAUUCUCCUACGAAAUUUCGAAGAAGGUUUCGAAUGCAACGUUCUCUGUUUAAUCGUAUUCAAACUGCGAUAGAAGCUCAUGAACCAUAUUUCGUCCAACAAAGAGAUGCUGCUAAAAAACUCGGACAUUCUUCCCUUCAAAAGAUAACUGCCGCACUUAGAAUGCUCGCUUAUGGAGUAUCAGGUGAUUUUAUGGAUGAAUAUUUGAGGAUUGCAGAAAACACUGCAACACAGUGUUUACAAUAUUUUGUUAAAUCAGUAAUUUCCAUUUAUUAUGACAAGUACUUGAGGUCACCAAAUAGCAAUGAUAUAUCUAGACUACUAGAGGUGAAUGCAAGACGUGGAUUUCCCGCUGGAGGGCGUGCUCCUCCAGUGAACUACUCAAUCAACGGUAAUGAUUACACAAAGGGAUAUUAUUUGGCUGAUGGUAUAUAUCCUUCAUGGUCAACAUUUGUAAAAACAAUUCAUGCUCCGCUAGGAAAUAAGAGAAAACAUUUUGCAAAAAAUCAAGAGUCAGCAAGGAAAGAUGUAGAACGUGCAUUUGGAGUGCUUCAAGCACGAUUUGCUAUUGUGCGAGGACCUGCGCGUUCUUUUGAUCAUGAAAUGCUUAAAAACAUCAUGAUAGCGUGCAUAAUAUUGCAUAACAUGAUUGUUGAAGAUGAGCGACAUCUAUACCUCGGAGCAGAUGAUUUUGUUUACGAUCAAAUUGAUGAAAGUCUUUACGAACCAGUGCCACACACUACGAAUCAACAACUUACGGACUUCAUUGAACGUCAUCAUCACAUUAGAGAUAGAGGAACUCAUUCUCAACUACAAACAGACCUCAUUGAGCAUUUAUGGCAAAUACAUAGCCAAUCGUAAUUUUAAAUUUCAUUUCAUAUGAAAUUUGAGGAUUAUUGGGUCAAUGCUAAUGGUUGUUGCUGUUUUGAUUUCUAGGAUAAUUUCUUAAUUUGUCUAUUUCA